ACUGUCAAGAAUUAGGGAGAGAGAAACAAUAUAAAUAGUAAGUGACAAAUAGUUGAGGGCGUGGUGGGCGUUCGACUCAAUUUGCCUUUUGAAUCGGAAGCUUGACUCUGCUGCUUAGGUAAACAAAACCCCGACGCUUGCCAAUAAUUGUGGGUGUCACCGUGAGAAGGCUGGAACCUCAGUGUGUGUGUGUGUGUGUCUGUGUCCGCCUUGACUAUUGUUAGCUCGACUGUUGCUGACAGUCGGCAAACAAAUGCUAGCCAGCCCCAGAUGUCAACUGGACACUGCUCUAUUGUUUGCCCACCUGAGAUACAGGUUAAUACUGGUCAAUCCCUGCGGCGGCUUCAGUUGCACUUACAAUGGCGCCGGGGGCACACCUAAAGCUACAGUUAAUUGUGUUGUUUCUCGUGGUCGCAAUCAGACCCAAUGCUGGACAGCAGGACAAUGCGACUACCAUCGAUAGCUACUCUAGACUUGUGGCACCAAUACUCGAGCACCUCAACGAUACGCUUCAGCUACACUUGAACAAUCUAAGGGAAAGCGAUAACUUGCUGGUCAAGUGUCUGCUGCAACAAACGAAUAUUCCUAUAGUUGUCUCCAAUGAUAUGUCAGUGACAAAGUCCGUAUUCGUCUCCAAGUUGCUGCAUCAUUUCUUGAUCUAUGACACUGUGCAGGAACUAGAAGAGCAGCUUUAUCAGUUCUCAGAUACUGGCAACUUCUAUAUAAUUGCUUUGCUACACACUAUAGAAGAGGAGCAACAACGUUUGCAGCAGAUCAUGCAGACAAUUUGGCAUCAACAAGGACACAAUCGCAUCUACUACAUUCGACAGCAGGCAGAGCAACUGCUACUUUAUAACCCUUUUCAAGAUAGCAUUGUCCUGGUGCAGGAUGCGUUUAGCUAUCGACGCAUUUACGCCAAUCUUCAUGGCUAUGCCUUGCGUGCUUACAUCUUUGACUCCGUCUACUCGGCUCUCUAUGGUGAUGGUGAGAAACAGCAGGUCCUAAGAGUAACUGGUCCCGAUGCCAAUGUAGGCGAGAUUGUGGCCAAGAAGCUCAAUCUAACCCUGAACUACGUGUGGCCGGACGACGAGUUCUUCGGCGGUCUGAUGCCUGAUGGCAAUUAUAGCGGCGGCGUGGGACGUGCCCAUCGCCACGAACUGGACGUCAUCUUUGCGGGCUUCUUCAUCAAGGAUUACCUGACUACACGCAUUCAGUUCUCGGCCGCUGUCUACAUGGAUGAUCUCUGUCUCUAUGUGCAAAAGGCUCAGCGUAUUCCCCAAUCGAUUGUACCUCUCUUUGCUGUUCGUCCGGAUGUCUGGCUCUGCUUUUUGCUUGUCGGCAUAAUCUGUGCCUUUAUCUGGAUGUGUUUGCGUGCUCUGAAUCUUUGCCUGCGCAUUGAGCGUAUCCAAGAACAGCAACUGGGCAGUAGAAAAGAUGUGCAUUAUCUGAGUACUGCUUGGCGCAUCUUCAUCGAUACUUGGGUGGUUUGGGUGCGCGUCAAUAUUGUGCAAUAUCCGCCCUACAACUCGGAGCGAAUUUUUCUCGCUUCCAUCUGCCUGGUCAGCGUUAUCUUCGGCGCUCUGCUGGAGUCCAGCUUGGCCACCGCCUACAUACGUCCGCUAUAUUAUCGUGAUCCCAAUACAUUGGCUGAACUCGAUGCAUCGCAAUUGCCCAUCUACAUUAAGCAUCCGGCGUUCAAGGAUGAUUUGUUCUAUGGCCACGACUCGGAGGUUUAUCGUCGGCUUGAUGCGAAGAUGAUGUUGGUGGGCGAGGGGGAGGAUCGCCUUAUCAAUAUGGUCUCCAGACUGGGCAAAUUCGCUGGCGUGACACGCUCAGCGAGUCUGGAGUUGAGCGACAGACGCUACAUUCAGACGCACAAGGUGCACAAGAUACCCGAGUGCCCAAAGACCUAUCACAUUGGCUAUGUGCUGCCCAAGCCGUCAGCCUACUUGGAAGGCAUCAAUGCCAUACUCCAGCAGAUCUUGGCCGGCGGUCUUUUGGAUUUUUGGAUUGACGAGAUGAAGGAACGCGCCAAGAUGAAUAUCUUUCAAUACCCCGAAUACCUGGCCGAACUAAAUGCGAGCAGAUGGAAGGUCUUCACGCUAAAGGAUGUGCAAUUGGCCUUCUAUGCCUUGGCCAUUGGUUGUGCGCUCUCUGCAGUUGUUUGGCUCUUAGAGCUCUGGCUUAAAUAAAGUAUUUGAAGCACUUUUUUUACUUACCCUUAC